AUGAGCUGCAUUUCGGCGCCUACAACCGAAGCGAGCGCAGAUGCCGUGACGAAGAUCAAAAUGUGUACCAUCGUUGGAAGGAGUGCAUUACCGAUGCGGGAACACGGAGCGCUCACCUGGCGAUCCUUAAGCCCGAAUGGCUUGAGCCAGGUAGAGGCAAAGAAGGCGGAGAAGCCGGAAAAGGCGAAGAUGGUGGAGAAGCCAGAGAGCCUAAGGAAGCCGGAGAGGCCAAAGAUACCGAAAGAGCCCGAGAACCCUGAGAAGUCGGGAGAGCUCGAGGCAACGGAGGCGGAGAAGGCGGAGAACUCGGAGGAGGCCGAGUCCAAAGAGGGCGCAGAUGGCGAAGAAAGCAAAGAUCUGGGUUCGCCGAGUUGA